AUGUUCACUUUCUGCCCGCUCCAGGGCGCUCUCUCGGAGUCGCUCGCGUCGCAAUCUCUCUUGGAGCUCGAUGGAGGGGUCAAGGUGCUUGUUGAUCUGGGAUGGGACGAGUCGUUUAGUAGCGAUAAGCUUGAAGAGCUAGAAAAACAGGUUCCCACCCUCUCGCUGAUUCUCCUCACACAUGCCACGGUGUCGCAUCUUGCCGCAUAUGCCCACUGCUGCAAGAACAUAGCUCUCUUCACACGCAUCCCCGUCUAUGCGACUCGACCCGUCAUCGAUCUCGGCCGAACGCUCACCCAAGACCUCUACUCUUCUACUCCCGCGGCCGCCACGACGAUUCGCCAGAGCUCGCUCUCCGAGACGACAUAUGCAUACUCACAAACCCCGCUCAAAUACUCACAACCCCAUCAACCUCUAUCCUCGCCGUUUUCUCCUCCGCUAAAUGGACUGACCAUUACCGCGUACAACUCUGGCCACACCCUUGGUGGCACGAUAUGGCACAUCCAGCACGGACUGGAAUCUAUUGUUUAUGCAGUCGACUGGAAUCAAGCACGUGAGAAUGUGUUUGCCGGGGCUGCUUGGCUUGGUGGUGCCGGAGGUGGUGGUGCAGAAGUCAUUGAGCAGCUGCGCAAGCCUACAGCCCUGAUCUGUAGCUCUCGUGGUGCAGACAAGAACGCACAGGCCGGUGGUCGUGCGAAGCGAGACGAACAGUUGAUCGAAAUGAUCAAAACGUGUGUUAGUCGAGGCGGCACAGUUCUCAUCCCUGUAGACUCAAGCGCCAGAGUCUUGGAGAUCUCCUAUCUCCUCGAGUAUGCCUGGAGGACUGAUGCUGCAAACAAGGAUGGCGUUCUUAAGUAUUCAAAGCUAUACCUAGCAGGCCGAAAUGUCUCGAGCACGAUGAGAUAUGCACGUAGCAUGCUGGAGUGGAUGGACAACAAUAUUGUCCAGGAGUUUGAGGCCUUUGCAGAAGGGCAGCGGAAGGUCAACGGUGGCAGUGAGAAGAAGGAGGGAGCUCCAUUUGAUUUCAAGUACUUGCGACUGCUGGAGCGAAAAGCUCAAAUUACAAAGCUUCUGAGUCAAAAUAUUGAGAAUGGGGAAACACAGGGACGUGUGAUCCUGGCCAGUGAUGUUAGCAUGGAUUGGGGAUUCUCCAAGGAUUUGGUAAAGGGUCUGGCCAAGGACUCUCGAAAUCUGGUCAUCCUAACAGAGCGACCCAACUUAGCCAAGGAUGAUGCUCCCUCCAUUUCCAGGACAUUGUGGGAAUGGUGGAGAGAAAGAAGAGAUGGCAUUUCUACAGAGCAGGCCAGCAGCGGAGAUAGCCUGGAGAUGGUCUACAGCGGCGGCCGUGAAUUAGAACAAUGGUUAGCUACUCAGAGACAGCUACAGGCAACUCAGCAGGCCGGUGGAGCAGGUGCGCUGGAAGCAUCUGCUGAUGUCGUUGACGAUGCGUCAUCCGAAUCAUCAUCUGACUCCGAAGACGAAGAUGAGGACCUUGGUAUCAAUAUUUUGAUCAAGAAAAAGACCGUCUUCGAUUUCGACACACGUGGUAAAAGGGGCAGAGAACGAUCAUUCCCCAUGGCCAUCAGAAGGAAGAGGAACGACGACUUUGGCGAGCUGAUUCGCCCAGAAGAUUAUCUACGAGCAGAGGAGAAGGAAGACGAGGCAGUUGACAAUGCCCAAAUCGCCGCAGAAGACGACAAGCUUGGCAAGAAGCGCAAGUGGGAUGAUGUCGCUAAGCAGGCAGCUGGUGCCAACAAACGCCCCAACACGAACCGAACAGUCGCAGCAGAUGACGCCGAUGCUAUGGACCUAGCCGAUGGGGCUGCCGCGGACGAAUUGGAUUCGGUCGAGGAUACCGAGCCGGAGGAACCUAACGGUCCAUGCAAGUUGGUUUACACGUCAGAAACAGUGGCAGUUAACCUACGGAUUGCCAUGAUAGACUUUAGCGGACUGCACGACAAGCGAAGUCUCAACAUGCUGAUUCCCCUGAUCCAGCCACGAAAGCUGAUCCUCGUGGGAGGCACUCGAGAAGAGACUACAUCUCUCGCGGCAGAUUGCCGAGCCGCCCUCGCAUCCGACGGAGACCGCUCCGUCGAUGUGUUUACACCAGAAGUCGGCACAUGGGUGGACGCUAGCAUGGACACAAACGCCUGGGUAGUGAAGCUGGCCGAUCCUCUGGUGAAGAAGCUCAAGUGGCAAAACGUCCGGGGUCUCGGCAUCGUCACCAUCACAGGCCAACUUCUCGCCUCGGCCCUGGCCCAGGAAGCAGAUGGGCAGACGCACGACGACGUCGCCAACAAAAGGCAAAAGACGGAGCCGUCAACAUCCACGGCCGUUGCGCUCACCAACGCAGCCGACACGGCUUCGAUGCCCACUCUGGACGUCCUGCCCGUGAACCUCAUCUCCGCUGCUCGAUCAGCCGCCCAAUCCCUCCACGUCGGCGACCUGCGACUUGCGGAUCUACGUCGCGCAAUGCAAGGAGCAGGUCACUCAGCUGAAUUCCGUGGUGAAGGUACGCUUGUCGUCGACGGCUCAGUGGCAGUCCGCAAGACAGCCGAAGGACGCAUCGACGUGGAGAGCGUGGGCCUACCGCUCGGCGGCAAGAGGAGCACGCUAUACGAAGUGAAGAGGGCGAUUUACGAUAAUCUGGCCGUCGUGGCUGGUGCAUAA